ACGCGCUGUGUCACCCUGUCCUGCCCAUCGUGUCACACACUUGCUGGGGGGUCGUCAGAGAGAAAAAGGAAGGGGCGGGCAGGAAAGCUGGGGAGGGGAGGGAGGUGAGAAGCCCCGAGCCGAUCGGGCCGAAGCAACGAGUGGGUCACUGGGUCACCCCGCGGAGACGUGGACCUUCAGCACGAGUGUCGGAUCAUCGUCAUUUGCAGAAUCGGCGCCGUAUAUUGUCAUCAUUGUUAGCGGUAGCAGCACAAAUAACAGUUACAUCAUCAGCAGCAGCAACAGCAGCAGUAUCAGCAGUUCAGCCAUCAUCAUCAGCAGCAGUAUCAGCAGUUCAGCCAUCAUCUGGAGCAGUUCAGCCAUCAUCAUCAGCAGCAGUAUCAGCAGGCAAGAUGCUGGGCAGGCGGCUCUGCUCGUCGUCUCUGGGGCUCGUUCGUCGCCCGGUCUCCCGGACCCGCCUCGCCCCGUGUCCACGGGGCCCGUGGCACGGAGGCCGCGGCGGGGCCGAGACAGCGGCGGCGUGCGGGAGGAUGGGCGCGGAGAGCGGGCACAGGAUGUUCGGGACGACCACCCGUUCUUGUGCCUUCGCCAGAGACUUGUUCAUGGGGAAGAUCAACAAGGAGGUGUUUCCAUUCCCAGAGAUCAGCAACGAGGAGCUGGAAGAGCUGAACAUGCUCGUGGGGCCCGUGGAGAGGUUCUUUGACGAGCAAGUGGACUCAAAGCGAAUAGACGCAGAGGCGCGCAUCCCAGAGGAGACCCUGCGAGGACUCAAGGAGCUCGGCCUCUUUGGCCAACAGAUCCCCACGGAAUUUGGCGGCCUGGGCCUCUCGAACACCAUGUACGCGCGGCUGGUUGAGAUCACCUCACUCGACGGUUCCAUCGCCGUCACACUCGCCGCACACCAGGCCAUCGGCCUCAAGGGAAUUCUGCUUGUGGGCACCGAUGAGCAGAAGGCGCAGUACCUGCCACGGCUUGCCACGGGAGAACACACGGCCGCUUUCUGCCUCACGGAGCCAGGCAGUGGGAGCGAUGCAGCGUCGAUCCAGACGAGAGCUACGCUGAGUGAAGACGGCAAACAUUACCUCCUCAGUGGCUCCAAGAUCUGGAUCUCCAACGGCGGCACCGCGGACGUGCUCACGGUGUUCGCGCGCACGGAGGUGACGGACCCGGCGACGGGCGAGAAGAAGGACAAGAUCACGGCCUUCCUCGUGGAGCGCGCCUUCGGGGGCAUCACCAGCGGCAAGCCCGAGGACAAGCUGGGCAUCCGCGGAUCGAACACAUGCGAGGUCACGUUUGACGGAACGCCGGUGCCGGUGGAGAACGUCCUGGGGGAGGUUGGCGGAGGCUUCAAGGUCGCCAUGAAGAUUCUGAACGGCGGUCGUUUCAGCAUGGGCAGUGCCUCGGCUGGAAUGCUCAAGAAGCUCAUAGCAAUGUGCGCGGAGUACGCGUGCACCAGGAAGCAGUUCAACAAGCGGCUGAGCGACUUUGGGAUGAUUCAGGAGAAGUUUGUGAACAUGACGGUGAAGGCGUACGUGAUGGAGAGCAUGGCGUACCUGACGGCAGGCAUGAUGGACCGGCCGGGAGAGCUGGACUGCUCUGUGGAGGCUGCCAUGGUCAAGGUGUUCAGCUCGGAGUGCGCGUGGGAGUGCGUGAGCGAGGCGCUGCAGAUCCUGGGAGGCCUCGGCUACACCAAGGACUACCCGUACGAGCGCUACCUGCGCGACGCACGCAUCCUCCUCAUAUUUGAGGGCACCAAUGAAGUUCUGCGGAUGUUCACUGCUCUGUCGGGCAUUCAGUACGCGGGAAAGAUCAUGACGGACAAAGUCAAGGCAAUGAAGAAAGGAGACCUGUCUGCAUUCGGCAGCAUCCUGAAACGCAAAUUCGAGGUCAUGUUCUCCAGGAAAGUCGACCUGGGGCUCACAGGAAAAGACUGGGUCGUCCACCCAUCCCUGCAGGACAGCGCGCGGAUGCUGGAGGAGAACGUGUACGGCUUCGGCUGCAUCGUGGAGACGCUGCUUUUCCGCUUCGGCAAGACGAUCGUGGAUGAGCAGAUGGUGCUGAAGCGUGUGGCGGAUGUGGCGAUGAACGCGUACGCAAUGACGGCGGUGUUAUCUCGCGCCUCGCGCUCCAUCUCAAUAGGACUCCGCAACCACGACCACGAGGUGCUGCUGGUCAACACGUUCUGCACGGAAGCCUACUUCAAGAACACCUUUCUACUCACGCAGCUUUCCAAAGAGGCCGAAUUGAACAUGGACGCCAACUACAAGAAGAUCGCCGAGCAGGUGCUCACUCCGCGCCGCUACAUCUGCUCGCAUCCGCUGGAGCGGACCUUCUGAGGGCCACCGCAACACUCGUCCACUCCCGCCGUACCUAGGGGCCCUGAAUGCAACGUCUAUGCCUCGUUUCCACAAGACAUGCAGCUGGGGUCAACUCGAGUCUGGCCUGAUCUUCCCCAGAACCCCAGCUGUGAUUUUUCGAGUCACUUGAGAUAUCAGGUUAUUCCAAGACAUACUUGAGAGUCAAACGGUCAAGAUGAGGUUGCUGGCAAAAUUAAAUGUUAAUUGGUAAGUGUGAAAUGAAAUGUGAAAUUUAACGGCCCUGCCGACUACAACAGCUGUGAUUCACAUGGUUGGUUGGGUGAUGAAUUUCCUGACUUUGGGGUAGGGAAAGUCGUGCCAACCUGGGAUGCAAGGAUGGCCUGGAAAAUUCUGGCCUCGGCCCAUAUUGGCUGCCAAUUUGAGUUAAAAAAAAAUAUAAUAGAAAAGUGUUUCUGGGGCGGCAAAUUCGAGUUGAGUGUUCCGUGGAAUCUUCCGUGGAAACUAGAACGUGGACUCAUGGCACGAGCCUCUUGAACUAAACGUCCUCAUGAUGGGCACAACCACUUUCUGGGUGUUGGGCUUGAGAAUGCGUUCCAUUUCAUUAACGUGCCUCUAACAAGCGUUGUGCUGUAUAAAUGGCCUUGUGCUGGAAGCAGGAGUGCAUGUUAACCCAAGGGCGAGCGUGAAGAAUCUAUGGCCAAACAGGCCAAAUGGGGCCCGUGAGUUAAUUUUAUACGGCCCACAUCUAAAUGAGGCCUACAACUUCGAAAAAGGCAUGCCAACGAUACUCAUCCAUAACUGCAAGCAUCUUGGCCAUACUAAGCGCGUAGUACGAGUAGUAGGAGGGAAUAUUUUCUGUCUGGGAACACUGUAGUUCAGUGCACAGUCAAUGCAAAGAAGUCCUGAUCGUCAUCAAAGUAUAUUGGACGACUAAUUUGUGGCCUGCCAAAAGGCAUUUGAAAGUCCUUCAAUACGUUAAAGGCUCCCUGCCUCGGGCUGACCAUUGGAGAGCCAAGCGUGGUAGGGGGAUCGUCCAGCAGGGAUGCGUCUGACCCUCAGGCCGAGAUCUCACUGGCCCGUGAUACGGGCGCUCCUGGGCAACGCUUUGACGGCUGAUAUUUCACCCUCUGUCACUUGUUGGCCGGCACACGUGGAGUGUUCCUGUCUGCUGAAAUGUUCACCGCCGUAUUAAGAGCAAUAUUGCCUCAGGCUCACAUUUCUCAAAGCGCUGUAUGUAUACAUAUCGAACCUGGAUGAUUGAAGGUGGCGUGUUAUUUUGAAAUCAAUUUGAAGGUGUGAUGUGGGAUUGUUUUUGUUUGUUUGUGAGCCCGUAGUGUAUGUUGUUUUAAGAAUAAGGAUCUUGGUAAAUUAAACUAAAACUGAAAUACAACAAAGUGACUGUGACGCCAUCUCCAUUGUCGUCACUCUUCACGUUUUGAUUUUAAGAAGCUAUCCACGUAAAACUGAUUUUUGGGUUACAUCGCAAUAGUAAAAUGUGUCAUACACCCUCCUCCACCUCACACAGCCAAUUAAAAAGUGCUAUCAUGUGUGGGCAGGUCACUUCUGAAUAAGCUAUAUAGCUGAGCGAGCUUUACCUGGUAAAAAAAAAAUAGUUGAAAUAGUUUAUAAAGUUGUCACGUGAACAAAUGUGCCAAUGUAUUAUUUCAACAGCACACCAGUUAUGUUGGAGAGCAAUCCGGAACAUGUAACAAUUGGGUAGUCGCACGUUUGCUGGUAGUUACACAACCAGCAUCAUCAGGCAGUUUUCAACAUUUUUAAAAUGUCCCCUGGUUUUCGGGCCUUAAAUAGGGGGUGUGAUGUCAUCAACGUGCACCGACACUCGCAGGGAGUGACAGGAAUUGAUACUUAAAGGUUAAAUGUAUUCACAAAAUAUAUUAGAUUCUGAUAAAUUAUGUUAAAUCUGAAUCUUUAUCCUAGAGAAAUACGAAUUCAGAGAUGCCCAGUCGGGGCAGGUCAGAAAAAUACAACAAUAACAAAAAUAUAUUAAUAUGAUGGACAUAUUAGGUGGUGAAACGGGAUUAGUCAUGGUUAAUUAGGUAUAGUGACUGUACGAAAUGGUUUGUAACGUUAUAAUAGUGUGUUUUUAUUAUUAUACGUACACUUUUCUAUUGAGUCUGUGAAGACAUUAUUUAACGAUCUUUUUCCAUGCCGCACUCGGCUCAGUUGAAAUCAUUUUUAUUUCUCUCGGUUCAAAAGGUUAUCCAAUUAGCCUUGGACAAGAGUCAUUUAGUUUUGCAUAGAAUAUCACCGUUAUUAAACUCGAGCGAGUGUCCUUGUUAACGGGCAUGUUCUGGCAACUGCUUGACGAUUGUGUGUUUGAGUAUUUGAUGCGUUUCUGGUGUUCUCUAACUCUUUUAAAGAACACCAAAGCAACAUUGAAAACAAACACAAUUGGCAGCAGUAGUGGAACAAUGCCCUGCCCGCGACAACGACAUUCGCUUGAACAAUAAUCAACGUUCGUGGCGUACGUCUGCACCUUGUUAAAGCCGCAUUAGACAGAUAGCCCGGGACAUGGCUCCAGGACGUGUGCCACUUACACUUAAGAUUAAAUUUUUUUUUUAACCAGGUGAGAACACACGAGAUCAGGAUCGUCUCAUUUGCAAGAGUGACCUGGGGUAUUGGUCUGCCAGUAGGGGGUGAUGAUUGUUAUGUUAUGAUCCCAAUUGGAUAAUAUGCGGUGUCAAUUUUCGACACACAAUGGCCUACUCUUCCAAAUGACGUUCAGGGGAUCUUUAACGUCCGCUGUGGUGCAGAUGGCACGUCGUGCUACUAUGGUUAUUACCCCCGCAGUAAUACGUGGAGUUCGUUGGUUGAAAUCACAGGCGCUUUGCCAUCUUGCUCUCGUGACAUUACCGCAUUGAUGUGUUUUACGGAAUUCAGACGUCACAGAGCUACGUAAAUGAAAACAAAACAUGUUGGCGCAACCGCUGAUGCGAGCGAAUGUGGGAACACAAACCCGGACCCUGGUGCUAACGCUGGCCAGACCCGGGCCAGCGUCAGCUCCGCCCGACUUCUAGCGGUCGUAACAAAACGACGCGCAGUAACAUCCCAGUCGCGCACGGGGGUGUCCACCGCCAAACAGCGAAGCGGAAAUCCUCGCCGGGAGUUUGACCCCCCCGGGCGGGCCAGUCGCGUACCGUCACGCCACGUAGAGCUGGGCGUCGUCGCGGUGCGUGCGCGCCCGCACCACGCUC